AAAAGUCUAUGGCGGCAACAAGAAGAUUGAUCUACAAGUCAUGCCACUCAGUGCGCCAUAUCUCAAUGCAGAGAUUGCCGCUCAAUACAUUGUCUUGUCCUCCAAGAAACGUCCUUUUACGUCCCUCACAAAUCGCUUUCUCAAGCAAACACCCCUCUCUGAUGUCGUGGCAGGCAUGAAACUCCAAGUAUCAGGUCGUCUGUCUCGUCGUAAGGGAGCAGGUCGUAAAUCACGCAUCACUCGACAAAAGGGUAAACUAGGCUUUGCCUCCUACACCUCACGCGUGGAUGCCGCCAAAUGUCAGUUUAAAAACAGGAAUGGCAAGAUUGGCGUUGUUGUGUGGAUCCGUAGUGGCACUAAGAGGCUUGUUCCCGGGCAUGGUACAGAGGGCCGGAUGAGGGCGUAUAUACAGAGCUGGCGGGAUCGCAAGGUGAGGGAGUUGGAGGCUUCUGGGCAGCAGGCACAGCUCAAUUAGCUAGAGAGCAUAGCAUAGCAGCGACGGGCUCUUCGCAUAGCAUUCAGCAUAUCUCAUUCACUGUAUCUCGCCGUGUUUCUAGUCUGAAUGUCUGAAGACUGAGCAUCGGCAUAAGCUUGUGCGCGACCUCCUGCAGACAACCACGAAACGACAUACUCAAAAGAUUGUUGCCUUGGCGAUCGAGCCUUCUCUGUUCCGCAGCGCCUAGAUGUCGCGUGCAAAGCUAGCUGAUGAU